AUUCUCUAUCAUUUGCUCAUCUGGUAAACAAACAUGGCGAACACUCUUCAGCUCCCAAUAAUCGACCUAUCCUCUUCCGAUCUUCCCUCCACCAUUGACUCCAUCCACCAGGCUUGUGUUCAUUUUGGUUUCUUUUACCUCAUAAAUCACGGAAUCCAGGAAGAUUUGCUGAAGAGUGUGUUCGAUGAGAGCAGAAAGUUCUUCUCGCUCCCUCUUGAAGAGAAAAUGAAACUUCCUCGCAAGGAAGAUCGAGGUUACGGUCCUCUCUAUGCGGAGAAGUUGGAUCCUUCUACGAAAGGUGAUUCAAAGGAGACUUUUCAUAUUGGUCCUAUAGAUGAUAAGUCAACUGUUAGCCAUCUAAAUCAAUGGCCAUCACGAGAACUCCUACCAACUUGGAGAUCAACUAUGGAGUCCUACUAUGCCAAGGUCUUGACUGCUGGAAAACGGUUGUUACCUCUGAUGGCUCUUGCUUUGAACAUAGAUGAGAAUUACUUUGAGAAAAUAGGUGCCUCAACUUUGCCCUCGGGAUUCCUCCGCCUCUUGCAUUAUCCAGGACAUUUGGAUGGAGAAACUUUUGGUGCCUCUGCUCAUUCAGACUAUGGAAUGAUCACACUCCUUGCAACAGAUGGUAUUGGUGGACUGCAGGUUUGCAGAGAGAAAAAUAAGGAACCACAAAUCUGGGAAGAUGUGCAUCAUAUUCAUGGGGCAGUUAUUGUUAACAUUGGUGAUAUGAUGGAGAGAUGGACCAAUUGUUUAUUUAGGUCAACAUUGCACAGAGUCAUGCCAACAGGACAAGAACGCUUUUCGGUGGCAUUCUUCCUUGAUCCUGCUGAUGAUUGUAUUGUUGAAUGCUUGGAAAGUUGUUGUAGCGAGUCAAAUCCUCCAAGAUUUCCUCCCAUAAGGAGUGGUGACUAUCUGAAAGAGAAGUUCAUGAUGACUUAUGGCUCUUGAAUUUGAAGGAUUUUCUCAUCCAAUUCUGUGCCACAGAAUUCGGAGCUUGAACAAGGCAAGUUAUGGUAGGAAGGAAGUUGGUGGUUGUCACAUUAUGAGAAUAUUGUAUUGAAUAAACUUAUAGAUGGUUGUCAUAUUAUGAGAAUAUUGGAUUGAUAGUUGGUGGGGCAGAGGGAAAAUAUCAGGUGGCCAUAAAAUUUGUUAAUGAAAGUUGGAAUUAGCUUAUUACAAAGGUUGAGAAUUGAAAAUCAAGAAAGAACUGAAAAUCCCAAUUUUACUAAUAUAUAUUCCAUUUGGUAUUUGGAUGC